AUAUACAUCAAAUUAUAAUUUGUAGCAUAAAGUCGAACUCAAGUAGCAGCUUCUAAUGACAGAUUUUGAAUGGGCGGUCAGUCUGAAUCGGUUCAUAUUAAGAAUCGUGGGUUUAUGGCCGCCAGACAAUUGCGACACUCGUGAGGCGGUAAAAUCGAAAAUACGCCUACUAUACAACUUUAUGACAAUGCUUUUUAUACUUACAAUACCGACUAUAAUAUCGCUGAUAAGGAUAUGGGGGGACAUGACUUUAAUGAUAGAAAAUAUGCAAUACAGUUUACCGUUUAUAAGUACAAUAUUCAAAGUCAGCAUUAUUUGGUAUAAACAAGCAGAUUUAUUACCUCUAAUUAACAUGAUGGAGAGAGACUGGAUGAAACCGAAGAUAAAAGAGGAGCGAGACGUUAUGCUAAGUCGUGCAAGGAUUAUACGCGCAAUCACCAUAUGCGGAAUGUCAGGGGCAAUUUUUGCAAUAAUAAUUAUUUUCGGUUUUCCAUGUCUCGGUCUAAGACUCAGACAGGUGACGAACUUAACCGAUUCCGGAAAACCAUUGCCCAUACCAUCGUACUACUUGCAUAAUGUUUCUAAGAGUCCGCAGUUCGAAUUGUCGUUCCUCGCGCAAGUAUUCACAAUGACCGCAUGUGGAUGUUCCUAUACUGCGAUCGACCAAUUUCUCGGGCUAUUGGUUUUGCACAUAUGCGGUCAACUGGAAAAUCUACAUUUGCGACUGUCACGUAUGGAAAAGUAUUCAAACUUCAAUGCAGCUCUUGAGUAUAACGUGCAGGACCACGUCCGCAUAAUCAGGUCCGUCGAAAUCAUCGACCAUACGUUUAAUUGGAUGCUACUUAUUCUGAUGCUCUACUUCGGCGUAUUAUUCUGCCUACAAGCGUUUCUCAUAGUUCAAGUUGUUAAUGAAAAGGGCCAAUUAUCCUUAACACAAUUGAUUUGGUACGUCACAGCUACCGUAUAUGUUUUAAUGCACAUGUGCAUUUAUUGCGCUGUCGGCGAAAUACUCGUGAUACAAUCUGAAAAAAUACAUCAAGCAGCAUACGAAUUUUCGUGGUACAACAAAGAACCAAAAGUAGCAAAAAGCUUAAUGCUGAUUAUGCUGCGUGCCAGCAAACCACUUUAUAUCACAGCGGGGAAAAUAUUUCCCAUGACGAUGUCAACGUUUUGCAACCUGUUGAAAACUUCGGCGGGUUACGUAUCGGUGCUACUUACCAAGCAAGGUUAAUGGCGAUAUUGUGAAUUUCCAACUUAAAAUUUUUUGUAUUAAUAUAUCAUAUAGCUGGUAAUUAAACUAGUUAUAUGUAAUCAAUAACAUGAUGGACAAUAUAUAAAGUGUCUUAUAAACUAUUCUCUCAUGAAUUACUAGAAAUAGCAACAGAAUGUUAUGCGAUUUUAAUAGAAAGAAAUGGCGA